AUCUUGGGCCUUUCAUCACCUAUCGUCGUUGUUUACUGUCACUCUUCUGCCGAGUGUCACGAGCCCGCCCGGAGCUCAGCCCUGCGUUAGCGAGUGGUGCACGACCCCUACGCAAAAGUUGGUUCCCUGCGCUCUGAGCUCAUAGCCUCCCUAAGGCUCCCGAAACUUCCCCAUACCCGAGAAAUUCCUGCCGUACUCUCACAGCUCCCUCCACCAUCACCUGCGCGGCCGACGAGCAUCACUGCAGCACGUCGCUUACCAUCCUUCACGCGUGCGCAUCAUUAUUUCACCCAUACAUAGCCCCAGACCUGCCGUGUGCCCAGACUGCGUUCACGCGGCGACCAAGAUCCAAGGCAUGCACGCGACACCCCAGCUGUCACCCACCAGCCCACGCAUCGGUACCUCUCGUCGCUAGAAGCUUCAGCGCUCCCACCGCACCUGAGCACAAGCACCGGCCAUGGCGUUCAACUUCAACUGGUCGCCACUUCUGGCUGACACCUCGCGCGCGCGAGACAUGCUCACGACGGCGUUGAACAAGUCGCCGAAGCCGCCUAUCAUCGUUGACGACAUCAUCGUCACCGAACUCAACCUCGGAUCAACACCACCAGAACUCGAGAUCCUGGAGAUUGGCGACCUGGCAGAAGACCGCUUCAGGGGCAUUUUCAAAAUGUCCUACACGGGCGAUGCGUUCCUGACGCUGAAAACCAAGGUCCAAGUCAACCCACUGAAGACGCAUCUGUCGACAAAGCCGGAUUUCGCAUCGCCACAACCACUGGCAGCGGCAUCCGGCUUAACAAUACCCCUUUCUAUCACGUUAUCGAAUUUCCGGUUAUCGGGUUUCGUUAUUCUGGUGUUUUCGAAACAGAAGGGCUUAACGUUAGUCUUCAGAAACGACCCCCUGGAGUCGCUAAAGGUCUCUUCUACAUUCGAUUCGAUACCGUUCGUCCGUGACUAUCUACAAAAGGUCAUCGAGGAACAAUUACGAGUAUUGUUCAUGGAGGAUCUGCCUGCUAUCAUCCAUCGAUUAUCCUUACGGCUGUGCUCGCCGGAGUUCCAGGAGAUGGAAGAAGAAAGACUAGAAGGCACAAAGGACAGUGCUACUGCGGUCGACCCCUUUGCGACCCCUCCACAAGAUGCAGUCGACGCUUUCGGCAAUCCUCUCGAGGAGUCGCAGAUCUCCGAGAUUGCACUCGAUCCUGUCGGGGAGAUUCACGCCUCCUUCUCGCAGAAGAACAUCCUCCGCCUCGCCGCCCUCUCCGAAUCGCAACGCACCCUGUCGCUCUUCACGCCUGGUAUUCGCGACGCCGUGUUCCGUGCUUGGGCUGGACCAGAUCGAGAUGCAUCUGGUGCCGCUACACCAGCACUCACAAGGGGUAGCUUGUCGAGGAUACAAUCUACGUUUGGUACCAUGAGGUCAGGAGCAUCCUCUGUCGCGUCUGGAAGCCAAUGCACCCAUGAAACCCACGACACGCACGACUCACGUCCGACCGUCUCUUCUACCACCUACUCGAUGUCAGGCCUGACCUUAGGUGCGGGACGAUCACGCACCGGCGGCCUGCGCAAGCGCAAGAAGCGGGUCGUAGACCUCCGCAAGAAGACGACAGAAGCGGGCGCAGAUGCCGGAUCAAUUGACGGGCAAAACGAGAUGGCAAGCACAUACGCUUCGGAGACUUCAAGCGCUAUGCAUGAAGAGAGGGAAGCUGCAGAGGUAGCGACACCACCUCGAAGCCCAGCCCGUCCUGGCCUACAACACAAUGGGCCUCAUGGGAUCCUUAGUUACGACGAACCAAGCACGCUCGUCGGCAACACAGCGUCCACCGAGACCUUACUUCCUGCCGCACCUCUUCUCUCAGAACCAUCGAGGAUGUUGAGGUCGAAUGCAAAUGAGUGUGAGGCUUACGGGGACGAGACCAUCAAGGCGCUCCCCUCCUCGAGACGACCGCCACUCUCGCACAAUCAAAUUCGCCAAGCUCAGCAGUCUACGUCGCCUCUUCUCCGCUCCUUGUCGUUCGACAAGAUUGCGUUCACAUCUCCACCGAAUGAGGCUGAAAGCUCGGGGGGUAUCCUCGAGCAAGCUUGGAUGACGAAGAUGGCACAAGAGAUUGCACGCAAAGUGCAGCAAGAGAAAGAUCGUGCAUCUGCCUCGCGAGACAUCUCACCAGGAGCUCAUCGAUCCAAGGGCCGCACUGGAGGUAUCUGGGCUUCUGAGGACGAGCUCGAGGCACCUCCAGCUUACGUUGCUUAGGACGCGGAGUCCGGCAACAACUAAUGAUUUAUGCAUAAUGACGGCUUUUCUGGUUUGACCUUUCCUUUGUCUAUCGCUACGUAUUUGCUUGAUUUUAGCUCUCGCUAUCUGGUCUCGUUAUUUGGUUCGAACAAAAGUUCCUAGAGCCGUAUGGUAAGGCGUCUUGUAAGAUAUAUCGAGAGGCAUUAGCCUUCUUCUUGGGAGUGUAGAAACAGCACAGGUUGAGAAGAGUCUCCCUUGCGUUGCACAUAUAGCGGCUGAGGGGAUACACCCAAGCUAUCAUUACUUUGCUAAGAAGCUGGACGUCGAGGAUUGGACAGUAGUAAUACACCUGACACUCACUUCUUACUUCACUCUUUCGUACCUUGCACCGGAC